CACGCCGGGAAUGGGAUUGCGUAAACAUGGCGGCCUACAUGUAAAUCCUUGAAUUCAUUUAGCUUUCUUUCUUUCUUCUUCCUGCUGGCAUUUCAAAACACUACAACAACAUGUUUCAUUUUGCACGCUGCAGUCGAGUGACACGCGGCACUGUCACGUCAGAUCGACUUUUGAACUCCCAAAAAACAAGAGAUUUCACGAUCCACCACCUUUAUAGGCGUGGCCAGCAUACAGUACCAUGGAGCAGUUCACAAAUCCCAUCCACACAGAUCACUGUCAACACUCCUGCUCGCAUAUGGAGACAAGCUCAAAAAGUGCUCCGUCUAGCAUCCAGACAGCAGCCCAGACCACCAAACAUCACUCUGAAAUUCAUAUUAGGACCUGCUGCUUUGACAGUGACCGCACGCUUGCUUGGUACUGUAGCUCACUGUGAAGCAGAUGUGAACAAUAACGUCCCGCUGGAAGUUCAGGCGAAAGAGAAGAUUCCUGAAUUCAGCUGGGCCAUCCUGUGGGAGUUCGUUCGGCCCCAACUUCUUGCUCUUAUAGGAGCCAUUAUCCUUGCGUUUGGAGCAGCAGCCCUUAAUAUUCAGAUUCCUCUGAUGUUGGGGGAUCUGGUGAAUGUCGUCGCUCGCCACAUGAGAGAACAAGCAGGUCAUUACAUGAGAGACAUUAAAGCACCUGCAAUGAAGCUGCUCGGACUGUAUGGUUUACAGGGUCUGUUGACCAGUGGCUACAUCAUUCUUCUGUCUAGAGUUGGAGAGAGAGUGGCAGCUGACAUGAGGACAACUCUCUUCACCUCUGUGCUUCGACAAGAUGUUGCAUUUUUUGAUGCAAACAAGACCGGGCAGCUGGUUAAUCGGCUGACAUCAGACAUCCAGGAGUUUAAAUCUUCCUUCAAGUUGGUUAUUUCUCAGGGUUUGCGCAGUGCCACACAGACGGUGGGUUGUUUUGUGUCGCUGUACGUCAUCUCUCCCAAACUCACGGGUCUCACUGUGGUCGUCCUGCCAUGUCUGGUGGGGGCUGGCGCUCUCUUUGGUUCUUUUCUCCGUAAACUAUCACGCAAAGCACAGGAACAGGUUGCUAAAGCUACAGGAGUGGCUGACGAGGCUCUUGGUAACGUGCGAACAGUGAGAGCUUUUGCCAUGGAGGAUCGAGAACUAGAGAUCUAUGCCGCUGAAGUCCAGAAAUCAGCUGUGAUGAAUGAGACGCUGGGCACAGGAAUUGCAGUAUUUCAGGGCCUGUCUAAUAUUGUCCUGAACUGCAUUGUUCUAGGCACUAUUUUUGCUGGUGGGUCUUUGAUGGCUCGUAAUGACAUGUCGCCUGGUGAUCUAAUGUCAUUUUUGAUCGCCUCUCAAACAGUACAGAGAUCUCUUGCCAGCAUUUCAAUUCUCUUUGGACAGAUGGUUCGAGGUAUGAGUGCAGGAGCUCGUGUCUUUGAGUACUUGGCUCUAGAGCCCACCGUUCCUCUCACCGGAGGAGGUCGUAUCCCUCUCAAGUCUCUGACGGGAAGAGUUGACUUCAUGAACAUCAAUUUCAGUUACCCAACAAGACCUGGAAACCAGAUCCUUAAUAACUUCAACCUGACUCUACCUCCCUAUAAAACCGUUGCUAUUGUUGGCGAGUCAGGCGGAGGUAAAGUAU